GAGGGGAAAAAAACACACACACUCACUCUCUGUCACACCUUCCUCACAUCCUCACACAGCCUCUGAGAGAGAGACAGAGCACAUCUUGACAUUGUGAGGAAGAUGCAUGUUCACAUCAGAAGAGCAUCCAGGACAGGAGAAUAGCCCCAAAAGCAAAGAGACAAAUACAUGCCAAGGACUACAAACUAACAGGGGGAAAAAAGAGAGAGUGAGUGUGCCUAGAGGGAAGGACAAGCUUAUCUACAGAGAGGGCGAAACAGGAGAGGAAGAGGUAACAUCUUCUGUUGCCUUUUAAGGGAUCUGAAGAGCAAUUCUUAAAAAAGCUGCAUUUGGGAUUUUCUCAUCCUCUUUGCACACGACUUCUACUCUGUCUCUUGCUGCUGCUGCUGCUGUGAGGUUACAGUCUCUGUGGUACCAGAAAACAAGGACUUCUUAACGGACCCGACACCAUGAGCGAGGCGAAGAAAGGUGAGCUAGCCAUCCGGGAUAAAGCCAUCCUGCACCAGCAGAGGCGUCUGAAGCAGGCCACCCAGUUCUCACACAAGGACUCGGCUGACCUCCUGCCCCUGGACGGGCUGAAGAGACUGGGCACGUCCAAAGACCUGCAACCUCACAGCAUCGUCCAGCGCCGCCUGAUGGAGGGAAACAUCACGCGGCUUCGCGGGGAGGCCAAAGACCUCAGCGGCAGAGUCCGCUCCCCGCUGGCCGACAACAAGGACGGAGCCGCGGACGCCGAGGAGAGGAGCGAGAGCACAGCGGACGACUCCACGGAGGAGAGGGAGUCUCUGGAGGAGAGCGAGAGGAGCCUGCGGUCGGACGAGGAGGACGACAGCAGCGAGGCCGGAGCCAGGCAGACGGCUGAAAGGAGCGAGGGCACGGAGAGCUCGACCCUCCUCGCAGCUCUGCUCGUUCAAUGCAAGUGCUGCGAGACUGAAGUCAAGGCGUUCAUCAACACCGGCAGCCAACAUAACCACAUCUCCACCUCCUGCUGCCAGAGGCUGGGAUUGGUGCCCAGCCAGGACAGCUCGCCAUGUGGUGUGAAGGCCUCAGUGACGGGUCUGCAGCUGCAGCUGGGCCGACAGACAGUCCAGUGUUCAGCUUAUGUCAAAGAGGAUGAGACGUUCGAGCUGUGCCUGGGUCUUCAGACUCUGUUGGAACUCAAAUGCUGCCUGGACCUGAGCAGUCGGGUCCUGAAGCUGCAGGGCUGCGGCGAGGAGGUGCCCUUCCUCAACCCUUCGACCGACAGCCAGUGCCAACACGACACCAACAAGAACCUGUGAGCACGACGCGACAGCGGCAACCAAGAAUUUUCCUCAAAUCUCGACCGGUUGCAGCAAACGAGGCGCAAUGCCGCCUGUGUCUGGACUGUCCGAUCACAGUGUCUCACACACUGCCAGAACAUGGCGGAGCGUUCGCCGCGGUUGUUCUUGAGUUUACAUCAUUGUGUUUGUAGAAAUAAGACAUUCACUAUGAUUAUCUCUUAUAUUAAAUUAGUCUUGUUCGCGGAGCGGAUGAACGCCAGUUAUGAGCCAAUCAGAUCUCUGUGAGUAUAAUCAUUCUUGAUGAUUAUACUGUGUAGUCGAUCCAGUUUCUCAGCUGCUUUGUUACUCUGACGGUCUGUUAAAGGGGAAAACGAUGAUUUGAAAGUCAACUUUUGUGGAUAUUUUUUUGUGAUUAGGCUGUAAACAUCAAGUAAAUGUUUUUCUUAAUUCAAUAAAUUUAAAUGUUGUUAAAGGAA